CCCCGUCACGUGAUUCCAGCGAUCCUAACAUGGUGGGAGACGAAGAUCGGGAGCCGCUGCUUCCUGGGGCGGCCGUAGCCCCCAGCAACGCAGACGGGCCGAAGUUGUCAGCUGUAUGCGACCCCAGCAGGCUGGCACACAGGAUCGUGGUGCUGGUUCUCAUGUGCUUUCUUGGUUUCGGUAGUUAUUUUUGCUAUGACAAUCCAGCAGCCCUGCAAACGCAAGUUCAGUUGGACAUGAAAGUGAAUACCGCAAAUUUCAUGCAGCUCUACGCGUUUUAUUCCUGGCCCAACGUGGUGCUGUGUUUCUUUGGAGGAUUUCUUAUUGACCGGGUGUUUGGAAUUCGGUUGGGUACCAUAAUAUUUAGCCUGUUUGUUUGUGCCGGGCAGGUGAUUUUUGCGACAGGGGCUUUGUUUAAUGCCUUUUGGUUAAUGGAAGCUGGCAGACUAGUAUUUGGAAUUGGCGGUGAAUCGCUCGCUGUGGCUCAGAACACAUAUGCGGUUAGUUGGUUCAAAGGAAAGGAGCUGAACCUGGUGUUUGGCCUUCAGCUUAGCAUGGCCAGAGUGGGUAGUACGGUGAACAUGAAUAUCAUGGGGGUGGUGUACUCUCAGGUCAAGGAUCUUAUGGGCUCUGCAGGACAUAGUACACUUGGUGUAACCCUUAUGAUAGGCGGGAUAACGUGCCUGUUCUCGUUAAUAUGUGCAUUAGUCCUUGGCUAUCUGGACAAGCGAGCAGAAAGAAUUCUGAACAAAGAACAGGGGAAAACAGGUGAAGUCAUUAAGCUGACUGAUGUCAAAGAUUUCUCGCUGUCUCUCUGGCUGAUAUUUGUGAUCUGCGUCUGUUACUACGUUGCCAUCUUUCCAUUCAUCGGACUUGGAAAGGUUUUCUUCAUGGAGAAGUUUAACUUUUCACCUUUACAAGCUGGUGCGAUAAACAGUGUGGUGUACAUCAUCUCCGCACCCCUGUCACCAGUAUUUGGGUUUAUGGUCGAUCGCAUUGGGAAGAACAUUAUCUGGGUAAUGUGCGCUGUGGUUGUCACGCUCGCUGCUCACAUCAUGCUUGCCUUUACCUUCUGGAACCCCUGGAUUGCUAUGAGUUUCCUGGGUGUUUCCUAUUCUUUGUUGGCUUGCGCUCUGUGGCCCAUGGUCGCUUUUGUGGUUCCAGAACAUCAGCUGGGAACUGCAUAUGGUUUCAUGCAGUCCAUACAGAACCUCGGUCUUGCUAUAAUUGCCAUUGUUGCUGGUAUCAUACUGGACUCACGGGGAUACUUGUUUUUAGAAGUGUUUUUUAGUGCUUGUAUUUGUUUGGCCAUUAUAGCGGUGGUUAUGCUGUACUUCGUAAACCUUCUUAGAGGUGGAGAUCUAAAUUUAUCAUCUUGGGAAAGAGAGAAACUGCAAAAGCAAGCUGCUCUCGAGGCUGAGAAAGAGAAGAUGCGACGUGAAAGCGCCGACUGGUCCAGGAUUCGCCCUAUGACGGCUUUUGCAGUGAGAGUGCGUUAUCUUUCCAGACUAGGUGCUCAGCUGCCAGACCAUUUUUGCAGUCACCUGUCGGCAUUGAGCCACAGAAGUGUCCUGAAGUAACGGAGUAUUACUACUCGGGGAAUAAUAUUUCUCAGUGUCAAGGGUUGUACCUAGAAUAUAGUUUGUGAAACACCCUUUAUUUUGCACGCGUGGAGCCACCCAUGAGGUCUGUUGUCUCCUGUGCACUAGGCAUAUUGUGUAGAUACUUCUACUGCCAUAGAUGAUGCUGCUUGAUCACUCCGGAUACAAGUCACGUUCUUAGAAACAUCUUUUAUUUUCUUUAUCCUUAUUUUUCCCUUUCUUUUGUAUCGGUCACCCUGAAAAUCUACAGUGAACAGCUGCCAAAUCUAUGAAAUAUAUAUAGUGCCUAAGCCUUUUAUCCAUUAGUAAUGCUUAUUUGUAUUGUCCUCUUCAAAGGAUUCUCAUAGCAUGGAGUAGAAGCCAACUGGACCUCGUGCAAACAAACCAAAUGGUUGUACUAUGUCUGCCUUUAAUUCACAACGUGUAGCGACAUUGAAAUGAAUCUCUAAUCGACCCUUUCGCUGGUGAUAUUCUUCCCGCUCAGUGACAGCAAUGCAUGGAUUGCCAUAGACAGUACUAAUUGCUCAUGCAGCGAUCAAGUGUUUUAAGAUUAAAGAAACGUAUUUGACUAAAUCCAAUUGAGAAUUAAAUGCAAAAUAACCUGUUAAAAGAAAAUGUGCAGUAGGUUAUAGCAAAAUUGUAAUUUUUUAAGAAAAAAAAAUCAGACUUGAUCAAUUCUUCAAUCACAAAUAAUCCAAACUAUUAGAUUUAGUGUGAUGCAAUUAUAUCCAUUUCCCCUGGUUUGUGCCAAAUCACUGCCCAGGAAGGUUAAAUCAGACUCUUUGCCUAAAGGGUGUUUGAUCUCUGAAUCAGUUGCCCUCUUGCUGUUUUCUUUUUUUCCUUUUCCUUUCUGUUUUCCUCUUCAAUCUGCUUGUAACAACCAGCUCCAAAAGUAGCCUUUAGGGAAGGCACAGCUUGCAAUCUGUGGUUGGUCUCAAGACUUUUUUUUGUCUUAAGACCUUUGAAUUUAAAGGUUUACAUACGGCAUCAGAGGAAUGAAGGACGCUAUACUCUGAAUUCAUCACCAAAGUCAUUUGAUACACCGGAUACUUUGCAGGUCAAACUACUUGUAAUCAUCUACUUGUUAUGUUUUGUUUACACUUUUAAAAUGAUGACCUUGAUUGUAUGGAAAUAAGUUUUUUUUUCUACUGAGAUUGCACUUUUUCGCAUUACACUAAUUGUAUUUUUGUAACAAAAGCCAGUGGUAAGUCGUUAUUUUAGUCUGUAUCAUAGUAGAUCCAAUAAGUGUGUACGUGUGUGUUACACAAAUGUAGCAAAUACCCCUAUUUUUCCAAUAUAUAUAUAUAUAUGCAAUGUAUUCUAUUUUGGAGAUAUAGAUUUUUGUGUAAAAGACUUUUAUGGAUUAUGAACAUUUAAGGUAAUCGCGAAACCCUGUUUAUGUUCUGGACCUGUCGUCGGCAGCCUAAGGUAUGCGGUUGUAGGGAGCGCUCUAGCUCGGCACUCUGCAGCUUCAGCGCUUUAGCACCAAAGAUUAGUGCAGGUUAUGCCGGGCUAUACACUGGACAAUUCAAGUGAUUUCCUAGCGUUGCAAUGUGUUUGAAUAUAAGCUUAUGCCACGGACAUUGGAGGGGUUGUAUGGAUCAUCUGUUAACCAAAAAUGCAAAAGGUCUGUAAAAAAAAAAAAAUCUGAUCUGUGAUGUAAAGUACGGGUAACGCGUUCCUGACGCUCGCAGAAGAAUGCUUGUGGCACGGUGUAUCCCUCUAUAAUGUUUAAAAGUGUCAGUGGAAGUGGUCCAAUAACUUGUUACAUUCCUUUUAAAUGUACAGCCUUUUCAGGUUGAUUAAAGUUUUUUCAGGUUGUACGGGAAGAAUACUAAAAUGUUUGUAUCAUUUGAAUAUUUGAUUAAACUGUUUUUUUCUUACAUUGUCU